UGCAUGGCUUUUUCAUGGAUUUAGCCAUGCAUGAUUUUGCAGAAAUGACCAAUUACAUUAAUUCAGUAACAAACUCAAAGCUAUUUCUGCUCCAGCAUUCACAGGGUAAAAUGUCUUUUGCUGUUGCCUUCACUCAACUGGAGAUUGCAGAAAACUUAGAAGCUGCAGCUCUUGCAGCAUCCAAGGACGUUCAGAAACUCAACCACAGAAGAACCAAAUUAAGAGGUGCCAGAGUUUCCACAGUUUCUUCGCUUCAGUCUCAACCAAGUUCAUGGGAAGGGUUUCAGGAUCUUGCAAUGGCAUUGGUAUUUGUAAUAGGCUAUGUAGUCAUCAUAUUUGAAGAAUAUUUAUCCUUCAAUAAAAGUGGAGUGGGACUGUUGAUGGCCGUAAGCUUAUGGGUGAUACACAUUAUUGGGGCUCCAUCAACUGAUAUAGAAGUUUCAGAGUUAACACAUGCAUCUGCACAAGUCAGUGAAAUAGUAUUUUUCUUGCUUGGUGCAAUGACCAUUGUUGAGAUAAUUGACGCUCAUCGAGGAUUUAAGCUUGUUACGGACAAUAUAACAACCCAAAAUCCACGCCUUCUCCUAUGGGUGAUUGGAUUUGUUACGUUCUUUCUAAGUUCAGUUCUGGACAGCCUGGCAUCUACCGUAGUUAUGAUUUCUCUAUUGCGAAAAUUGUUACGUCUAUCAGAGUUACGGAAGAUAUUGGGAGCUGUUGUUGUAAUAGCAGCAAAUGCUGGUGGUGCAUGGAGUCCUAUUGGUGCUGUUACCACUACUAUGCUGUGGAUACACGGUCAAAUAUCUGUAGUACAAACAAUGAAGGAUUUGUUUAUACCUUCAAUCAUUUCUCUAGCUGUUCCUCUAGUUCUGAUGUCCCUGACUAGUAUAGUUAAUGAUGGAAAAGGACAAAACUCUCUCGGUAUCUUUGCCUCUGAGGAGAGUGCUCCACAAGGACUGCUUGUUUUCUUAUUGAGUUUAGGAGCUUUGCUUUUUGUCCCAGUGUUCAGGGCCCUCACAGGUUUACCUCCCUACAUGGGAAUGCUUCUCGGACUUGGCAUGCUUUGGAUAGUCACCGAUGUUAUCCAUUAUGGUGAUUCUGAGAGGAAAAAACUAAAAGUGCCACAUGCUCUGUCAAGAAUAGACACUCAGGGAGCACUGUUUUUCCUGGGAAUUCUAUUAUCCGUUAGCAGCCUGGAGGCAGCAGGGAUUCUGCAGGAAAUAGCAAAUUACUUUGAUGCACAUGUGCCGAGUAGUGAAGUGAUUGCAAGUGCUAUUGGACUCAUAUCUGCUGUAAUAGACAAUGUUCCAUUGGUUGCUGCAACAAUGGGAAUGUAUGACGUCUCUUCUUUCCCUCGAGAUUCUGAAUUCUGGCAAUUGAUUGCAUUAUGUGCUAGUACUGGUGGAUCCAUAUUAGUUGCUGGUUCAGCUGCUGGAGUUGCGUUCAUGGGCAUGGAAAAGGUGAACUUCUGUUGGUACAUGCGGAAGGUUAGUGGCUUUGCCUUAGCAGGUUAUGCUGCUGGUAUUGCUGCCUAUUUAGUGCUUCAUAAAUCAAGAAUUUGAACAUGAAGAUUCGUUUUUCAUGGUACCAAGAGCAGGAUAGUUUGUAAAAUAAUGAGUACAACUCAACCAGUAAAAUAACUACUUAAAAGGUUAAGAUUUUAGUAUGCAAAAAACAAAAAAAUUAGGUAAAGAUUUUAGGGUAGUGAAUGAAUAAAACUACUGCUGGUUUAGGGAAUAUAUCACACACUCUGAUUUACCUUUCUCAUAAACACAUGUAUGCCGAGAAUACAAUGUAUUCAAUACAUCUUUUCUUUUUCGAAUACAAGAGUUCUCCUUGUUUACAAAAUCUUCGAUUUAGCUCAAUAUAUGCUAUUUUCUUA